UGAAUGACAGACUAGGGAAAACAUAAAAUAUCCGAAAAUUAUGUUAAAAUAACAAUGAAUUAAGUGGUCGGUAUGUCGAUGAACAAUUCAAGCUCUGGAAUACUCAAUCUGUUGGCAAAUGUCGGCAAUGUCAUACCAGAACAGUCGGAUCCUGAUGGAAGGAUAAUCACCAAAGAUAUUCCAGUUUUUCCAAGUCCAGUGAAUAGAGCUUUAUCUCCCAGUGUGGAACUGAGUCUGACUAUUGCCUAUAUUGUAUUAUAUGGGCUACUGUUUUUGUUGGUUUAUUGUCAGUUGUGGAUGAUAUGGUAUUAUCGACAUAAACGUUUCAGUUAUCAGACUGUGUUUUUAUUUCUGUGUUUAUUGUGGUCAGGAUUAAGAACAACUUUGUUUUCCUUUUACUUUAAUGAUUGUGAUGAAGCUAACAAUUUACCUGGUGUAAUAUAUUGGUUGUUAUAUUGUUUACCUGUUUGUUUACAAUUUGUUAUCCUUUGUUUAUUGGUUUUAUUUUUUGCACAGUAUACAUUUAUUUAUCAGUCUUUCUCAAACUAUUUUCCAUGUGUUUUAUAUUCUAGACGACCUGUACGGAUAUUAGUUGGUAUUGCUGCUAUAGUAUUUAUUGCAUCUAAUAUUGGCUGUGCUGUUAUUGUAAAAUACCAUGAAGCCAAGUAUAUGUCAGUACCUAUGGAAUUAUUAUAUGUUCGUGUGGCCAUUAAUGACAGUUUAUUUGUGAUAUUUGCUAUUGUACUUUCUGUUUGUAUUUAUAAAAUGACCAAGAUGUCUUCCUCAAGCUUAGUUUUAGAAGCCAAGGGAACAACAAUGUGUCAAGCUAUAUCGGCUGGAUUACUGAUUACUUUAUUAUUUACAUCACGCGCUAUUUAUAAUUUUAUUGCUAUUUAUCCCAAAGAAAGAUCAAAGAUACCUGGAUUCGGCUAUGAUUGGGUCAAUGUUUCUGAUCAGGCUGAUGCUUAUAAUUUAGAUGGUGGCUAUGCCUAUUUAUCAUUUGGUGUUGUUUUGUUUGUUUGGGAAGUUUUCCCUACUUUUGUUGUUGUUAUAUUUUUUCGUGUGCGACGGGCUGUCACUACAUCACUGGCUGAAUCUACCCAUAGUCAUACAUCGAAGGUGUUUUUCUUUGAUAAUCCUAGAAGAUAUGAUAGUGAUGAUGAUUUAUCU